GAUUGCUACGAAUUUGGACCAAAAGGACAAGCCCAGUUUUGUUAAAAUAAAAGAUAAACUUCAUCCAAUCCUUAUCUUUGUUCUACUGCGAAUGGAAAUAAUUUAAAUGAUAGUUUUUUGGGAAGAACAACUACGACCAACUACUACAUCCUAAACAAAUCGGUUCUGGAGAUUUUCUGUUGGUGACUUUUUCAACAGCUCCUCUUUUCCCGCAAUAGAAUUCUAUUAAUCGAAGCAAUCAUGAAUCCUAUGACGAACAUGAAAAAUGUCCAGAAGCUUAGCGACCAGGAUCUGAAACUUGGCGGCAAAAAUUCGUGGCAUGAUCAGUACCGCGACAGUGCCUGGAUCUUUGUUGGAGGUUUGCCUUAUGAUCUUACCGAAGGAGAUGUAAUAUGCGUGUUCUCGCAGUACGGGGAAAUUGUAAAUAUCAAUUUGGUGCGCGAUAAGACGUCGGGCAAGUCGAAAGGAUUCUGUUUCAUCUGCUACGAAGAUCAACGUUCCACCGUUUUAGCCGUCGAUAAUCUGAAUGGUAUCAAAUUGGUCGGCAAAACUCUGCGAGUGGAUCAUGUACAGGAUUAUAGGCCACCGAAAGAAAAUGAAAACACUGACGCCGAGACGAAACAGCUGUACAUGGAAGGUUGUGCCCCCGAAGUGCAGAGUCAAUCAAGUACGAAAAGUAAAACAUCCAGUAAAACAGAAUCAGACACAAAACGAUCACAUUCGCAUAAAGAACGAUCUUCCAAAAAGGAAAAGCGAUAGAAGUAAUCCUUUAAAAAAUAGAAGCAUUUUUAAAA